AUGGCUGAGGCCCUCAGACACCCCCUUCCCCGAUUGGGAGCCCUGGGGGCUUCAGGCGGCAGCUCAGUCAUCGCUGGGACGGACGCAGACAUCAGUUAUACCCUCAUUGAUAUUAUCCUUGGCAUUUCUGUAAAUCCCAUCAUCCGAAUAACAAAUCUGAUCACACAUGCUUGCUUUGACAUGUGCAUUUCUCUUCACUUUGAAUUUCUUGAACAAUCUCCUGCCCCUGCCAAAGCCGAAGCGAAAGCAAAGGCUUUGAAGGCCAAGAAGGCAGUGCUGAAAGGUGUCCAAAGCCACAAAAAGAAGAUCCGCACAUCACCCACCUUCCGGCGGCCCAAGACAUUGCGGCUCCGGAGGCAACCCAAAUAUCCUCGGAAGAGCGCCCCCAGGAGAAACAAGCUUGACCACUAUGCCAUCAUCAAGUUCCCCCUGACCACUGAGUCUGCCAUGAAGAAAAUAGAAGACAACAACACACUUGUGUUCAUUGUGGAUGUCAAGGCCAAUAAGCACCAGAUCAAACAGGCUGUGAAGAAGCUCUAUGACAUUGAUGUGGCCAAGGUCAACACCCUGAUCAGGCCUGAUGGAGAGAAGAAGGCAUAUGUUCGACUGGCUCCUGAUUAUGAUGCUCUGGAUGUUGCCAACAAAAUUGGGAUCAUCUAAACUUGAGUCCAGAUGGUUAAUUCCAAAUAUACAACUUUUUUCACCAUAAAAAAAA